AUGACUGCGAAUCAUCCCACCCUGAUCAACCUCCCACCCCCACCCUCAGACCCUGUCACCCCUUCAGAUGCGCCAGGCACACCCAACUCCGCAACGACCUCGAUGUCCGAGCUGUCCACUGUCGCAAUCAAGGAUGGCCACCGCGGACACUUUCCGCAUCACCACCAUCCGGCCGAAGCUGAGCGUGCCGACCGUAUCUCCCGACUCGCAGGCCUUGAGCGGGUCGCUGUAACUGGCCGCAACCAAAACAGCAGCGGUCUUGUCCCUGGAGCCCCGGGCAUGAGCAACCCGCCUCCUAGCUACUUCGAUGCCAACAAUCAGCCCCAGAUGUUCCGCGAGCGCAGCACUGUUGGAAGUGCGAGCGCGACAGGCAGUGUGGGGGGCCGAACGACGUGGGCUAGUGGCAGCGAUGUAUACGAUCCUGACAGAAUGAGCGAGGAUCAGGACAAUGAGACGUCCAGCAUGGGCGGCUUCAGCGAUGAGGCUGCAUCCUUGGUCGGAUUUGGCGAGGGAGCAAGGACACCAGCUAGACAGCACAGCGCGAUUGGAAGCCCAGCAAUUGGCAAGGUGAAUGCCGUGCCGCAAUACUUGAGGGAUCAACCACUGGCCAACCCAAUGACCAGUGUCAAUGUUCCCAGCGGCUCUGGUACUGUGCAGACAACCUCAAGUGCGGAGCAGCAGAAGCAGGAUGCAAAGAUGAUCGAUGGCAUGACCUACGACGAGAAUGUUGUGGAUACAGCAAACCGUACGCCUCCUUUGACGAGCCAGGGCCCUGGAGGAGCCCAAACUGCCGAGCAAGUCAUCCGCGAGAGGAUGCGUCAACGCCAGCGCCAGGCG